CCUGGAGACAUAUGGCUGCCAGAUGAACGUCAAUGACACGGAGAUCGCCUGGGCCAUCCUGCAGAAGAAUGGCUACGCGAGGACGAAGGACCUGGGUGAGGCAGACGUGAUUCUCCUUGUCACCUGUUCGGUGAGGGAGAAGGCAGAGCAGGCUAUCUGGAAUCGCUUGCGGCACCUCAAGGCGCUGAAAGCCCGGCGGCAGCAGGCUCGCUUACCUCUCCGCAUCGGGAUUCUAGGAUGCAUGGCCGAGAGGCUUAAGGAGGAGAUUCUGCACAAGGAGAAGCUAGUCGAUAUCGUGGCAGGCCCUGAUGCGUAUCGUGACCUUCCCCGGCUGCUGGCCGUGGCAGAGUCUGGCCAGCAAGCUGCUAAUGUCCUGCUAUCGCUAGAUGAGACUUAUGCAGAUAUUCUGCCUGUCCAGACUAGCACAGGUGGCAUGACGGCGUUUGUGUCUAUCAUGCGGGGCUGUGACAACAUGUGCAGCUAUUGCAUCGUGCCCUUCACCCGUGGCCGUGAGAGGAGCCGCCCCAUCGCGUCCAUCCUGCAGGAAGUGAGGAUGCUUUCGGAUCAGGGAGUGAAAGAAGUGACCCUUUUGGGUCAGAACGUCAACAGCUUUCGAGACACGUCUGAGGUGCAGUUUCAAUCAGCUGCAGCCCCAGUCCUCAGUCGUGGCUUUAGCACAGUCUACAAAGCUAAACCAGGAGGCUUGCGCUUUGCACAUCUUCUAGACCAGGUUUCUAGAAUUGAUCCAGAAAUGAGGAUCCGUUUCACCUCUCCACACCCCAAGGAUUUUCCUGAUGAGGUCCUGCAGCUUAUCCAGGAGCGACACAACAUCUGCAAACAGCUUCACCUCCCAGCCCAGAGUGGAAGCACGCGAGUGCUGGAGGCCAUGCGACGAGGAUACACAAGGGAAGCAUAUUUAGAGCUUGUACACCACGUGCGUGAGUGCAUUCCAGGAGUGAGCUUGAGCAGCGAUUUCAUUGCUGGCUUCUGUGGAGAGACGGAAGAAGAUCACCAGCAGACUGUGUCCUUGCUGCGGGAAGUCCGCUACAACAUAGGAUUCCUGUUUGCCUACAGCAUGAGACAGCCCAGCAAGCGCUCUGUCUCGGAGCUGUGUGGGAGGAAUGACGGCAACAUCAAGGUGAUCUUCCCUGAUGCCGAGAUAGAGGAUGCUGCGGGCUGCAAGGCUCUGGUCAGAGCCCAGCCAGGGGACUACGUGGUGGUGAAGGUGACCUCUGCCAGCUCUCAGACCUUGAGGGGAGUUCUGCUCUGCCGUACCACCCUCUCCCGCUCUGCAGCUUGUCCUUGAGGUACCCCUGCUGCCAGCGGAGAAAAGCAGCACAUUUUCUUCAGGGAGAAACAAGGAAGUUUGGUCAGGUGGAGAUGGGGUAGAAACAGGGAGAUAUAAAUAUAUAUUUUUUUU